AUGACCGUCUCCGCUAUCCUCGACCAGGAGCCACUCACAGUCCUUGUUUCGACGAGGGCCGUGGUGACCCAUCCCGAUGACCGCCUUGACCUGACGCCGGCCACCAUAUCUAUCUCUCCCGCUACGGGCAAAAUUGUCUCCAUAGUUCCGGCGGUGUUGCCGAAAACAUCCUUCUCGCCAUCGGUCACUUACAUCGACCAUGGAUCCAAGUUGUUGAUGCCGGGCUUGGUUGACGCUCAUGUUCACCUCAACGAGCCGGGCCGGACGGAAUGGGAAGGCUUCCACACUGGGACCCGCGCGGCCGCUUCCGGUGGCGUGACGACUGUGAUUGACAUGCCUUUGAACGCCAUUCCCCCCACGACCACUGUUGCGGGAUUCAAAGAGAAGCUGGCUGCAAGCAGAGGCCAAUGUUGGGUUGACGUUGGCUUCUACGGGGGUGUCAUCCCGGGCAAUGCCGAUGAGCUCCUGCCACUCGUUGAGGCCGGCGUCCGUGGGUUCAAAGGAUUCUUGAUCGAGUCUGGGGUCGACGAGUUUCCCGCCAUUUCGUCCAAGGACAUUGCCCUGGCAAUGAAGACCCUCAAUGGAACACCAACAACACUCAUGUUCCAUGCCGAGAUGAUCCCACCCAUCGCAGACUCCGUUGGUGACGUAGUUCAGUCUUCAGGACCACCACUAGCUCCGCACGGCGAAGUGACGGCCUAUCAAACAUUCUUAGAGUCCCGGCCGCCAGUAUUUGAGACAUGUGCCAUCGACGAGAUCAUUUCCCUGGCUCAUCUCGCACCCAAGCUGCACUUGCACGUCGUGCAUCUAUCCACCACCCAAGCCAUCCCCAUCCUCAAGCAGGCCCGCAAGAACGGCAUCGACAUCACCGCCGAGACAUGCUUCCACUACCUCGGUCUCGCCUCCGAAAGCGUCGAGGAUGGCGACUGCCGGUACAAAUGCUGCCCACCCAUCCGCGAACAAAUCAACCAGGACGGGCUGUGGGAAGAGCUCCAAGCCGCCGAGUCGUGCAUCCGCACCGUCGUCUCGGAUCACUCUCCCUGCACCCCGGAACUGAAGCUUCUCCCUACUCACCUGCAGAACAUACAGGCCUCGCAUAUGCACCACUCCGACUCGGGCAUAGACAUGUCUGCCGACAUGGCUUUCGCAGCCAGCGAAGGACAAGCAGCCGCCAAGUCAGCAGAGGGCGACUUCUUCGCAGCCUGGGGUGGCAUCUCGUCCGUCGGACUGGGUCUACCCAUCCUGCACACCGCCGCUGCGUCGCGGGCGAAGCAAUCCGGCAAGGCGCCGUCCAUUCUCGACAUGGUGCGGCUAUGCUGCGCGGCCACAGCGAAGCAAGUCGGUCUUUCGCACCGCAAGGGCGCGCUGAAGGUCGGAAUGGAUGCCGAUGUAUGUGUUUUUGAUGAUGGUGACAUUUGGACGCUGCAGAGCCAUGGCAUGCACUGGAAGAAUCGCUGUUCGCCGUGGGAGGGGCAUCAGUUUCUGGGUAGGGUUAGGGAGACGUGGUUGAGGGGGAGGAAGGUCUACGAGUAUGGUGGGAGCAAUGGGGGGUUUGUCUGUGGAGAGGCGGUUGGGGAGGCCAUUGUUGAGAGGAGGACGGCGUGA